AGGCAGAAGCUGUGGCUGUGAACGAAGCGUUAAGCGGGCUGAGGGCCAGUGCUGGGGUCCUGCAGGGGAGAGAAGCAUAGCGUGCACUGCACCAACGGGUUCGCUGAGCUUGCUAGCUGGUUGGUUGGCCGGCCGGGUUUUCUGCCACCACCACCACCAGUUGUUCACCUGGGCUGGCUGCCGCUCAGCGUUUAAGCUGCCGCCUGCACAACGUCAUCCCUCGCGCUUGACAACAUCGCCGCCACCACGAUCCGCUAGACGAGCUGGCAACCCUUUGUUUCCCCCGUAGGAAUCGGCAUUUGACUACACUCUGAAUCACUACGAGCCUGAUUUUACGGCCUGCACGCUACGUGUUGUUUGUUUGCCGCCCGUUGACCGCCCGCCACCACGACCACCUCGCUCAUCAUGGAAGCUAUCCGAUCCUUCUUUGCGCCGCCGGAUCCGCAGGCACAGGCCCGCAAAUGCAAUGCCCUGAUCCGCUCCAACAUCCGCAAGCUCGAUCGCGACAUCAUGAACCUCAAGCAGACGGAAAUGAAGACCAAGAACCUGAUUCUACAAGCCGACAAGCGCGCACAGCGAGAACCCUCCAGAGCAGCUCAGGCGCAACGAGAGGCGCGAGACUUUGCCCGCGAGCUCGUCCGCACGCGCAAAGCCAGCGCGCGACUCAUCACAUCCAAGGCACAGCUCACAUCGGUUCAGAUGCAGGUGCAGGAGACGUUUGCCGUCCGCAAGAUUGAAGGGUCUCUCAAGGCAAGCGCGGGCAUUAUGAAGGAUGUCAACUCGCUGGUCCGACUGCCGGCGCUCCACGAAACUAUGCAGCAGCUCAGCAUGGAGCUCAUGAAGGCGGGCAUCAUUGAGGAGAUGGUCGACGAUAUGCUACCUGAGGAUGGUGAUAUGCUGAUGGAGGACGAAGAAGCAGAGGGCGAGGUUGAUAAGGUCCUUGGUGAGAUUCUCAAGGAUAAGAAGCAGCCGACGCUCCCUGUAGCGCCGCUCCCGGAGCCACAGCAGCCUGUGGCAGCGGAAGAGGAAGAGGAAGACCCCGAGGCUAUGAUGGAUCAGAUGCGCAACAGACUAGAUGCUUUGCGCAGCUGAUGUGGAGAGUUGGUGCGUAUCUGGGAAUGGCAUAUAAUGUUGGAUGGCGUUGUCGGCGUUGUGAUUUCACGGCAUAGCGUUCUCUCUUUUUCUCGUCUCUUUUUUUAUACACCAGCCAUGGGCAUUCAAUAUAAUUCAUUGAUU